CUAGGUCUGCAGACAAGAGGAAGAGAAGAUGAAGGAAGACUGUCUGCCGAGUUCUCACGUGCCCAUCAGUGACAGCAAGUCCAUUCAGAAGUAAGCCUUGGUGUGCAGGUUGGGUGGGGGAGUCUUCACAUUUGCCAUUCCCCUCAUCCUGGGCAGCCUUUAGGUGGAGGGGUUCUGAGCACUUGUUCAGAUAUCUGAUGGGGUGCCCUGGGAGACAGUGAUGGGGUGCUUCUUUUUGAGUCUGUCCAAUAGGGGAUCCCCAAGCCACACAUGUCCAUGGCUGGGAGGCAUGGGCAAUAGAAAAGAGGCUCCAGAUGGCAGGCCCUUUAUACUAAAUAAGUGUGUACGAGGCCUCAUUAUAACUUUUACAUUGAUUGCAUGUUGACAAAUAGUAAUUUAGAUGUAUUGAGUUCAAUAAAAUGUGUUAUUAAUGCUAAUUUCACCUGUUUCAUUUUCCCUUCUGUAUUAGGCCAUUCUUGUGUUGCUAUAAAAAAAUACCUGAAGCUGGGUAAUUUAUAAAGAAAAGAGGUUUAGUUGGCUCACGGUUCUGAAGGCUUUAUAGGAAGUGUGGUGCUGGCAUCUGCUCGGCUUCCAGGGAGGCCUCAGGGAGCCUCCAGCCAUGGUGGAAGGCGAAUGGGGAGCAGGCACUUCACAUGGCGAAAGCAGGAGCAAGAGAGAGGGAAUGGAGGGAGGUGCCACACACUUUUAAAUGACCAGAUCUCGUGUGAACUCAGAGCGAGAGCUCACUCAUCAUCACGGGGAUGGCCCAAGCCACUCAUGAGGGAUCUGCUCCCAUGAUCCAAACACCUCCCACCUGGCCCCGCCUCCAACCCUGGGAAUUACAGUUCCACAUGAGAUUUGGGUGGGGACACAGAUCCAAACCAUAUCACCUCCUAACAUGUACUAGAAGAUUGAAAUUACCAGUGUGGCUCACAUCCCACGUCUGUUGGCCCCACUGCCCCACAGAGCCCAGCUUGGGUUCAGGCAGCUGUCUAGGCCUCCCCUCCCUCCAACAUUAGCCAAGGCUGUGGCUUUCCCUUCGGGAAGGGAGACAGCAUUGAGGGAAAGCGACUUACUGCAGACUUCAGGGCCUUACUCGAAGGACCAUCACCUUCUGCUGCGCCUUCGGAAAGUCAGGGUGGGGAAGAGGCAGGCACCCCUCAGGGUGGCCCACAGCAGCAACAGCAGGCCUUGUAGGAAGUGAUAUGGGGAAAAGCAAUAGGCUGUACAAUGCCACAAGCAAGUCCAGGGCAUUUACUGUGAGGAAGCGACGCAGGUGGAGGACAGGGAGGCUGCCAGGGCCUUACCUGUGAUAGUGAAGAUGUCGGCCCCCUGGACAUCCUGGACCAGAUACAGGCCUGUCCUGUCGGAGCUCUUAGGCCUGCUGAAAACCUACAACUGCUACCAUGAGGGCAAGAGCUUCCAGCUGAGACACCGCGAGGAAGAAGGGACUCUGAUCAUCGAGGGGCUCCUCAACAUUGCCUGGGGGCUGAGGCGGCCCAUCCGACUGCAGAUGCAGGAUGACCGGGAGCAGGUGCACCUCUCCUCCACCUCAUGGAUGCCUAGAUGGCCCAACUGCCCUCCAAAGGAGCCAUCGCCCCAGGACGGGAACAUCACAGCCCAGGAGCCAAGCACUCAGCCAGUGCACAAGGCUGAGCGUUCUACAGACAGCUCGGGGCCCCUGGAGGAGGCAGAGGAGGCCCCCCAGCUGAUGCGGACCAAGAGCGACGCCAGCUGCAUAAGCCAGAGGAGGCCCAAAUGCCGUGCCCCCGGUGAGGCCCAGCGCAUCCGGCGACACCGGUUCUCUAUCAAUGGCCACUUCUACAAUCAUAAGACCUCCGUGUUUACUCCGGCCUAUGGGUCCGUGACCAAUGUGAGGGUCAACAGCACCAUGACAACCCUGCAGGUGCUCACCCUGCUGCUGAACAAAUUUAGGGUGGAAGACGGCCCCAGUGAGUUCGCACUCUACAUCGUUCAUGAGUCUGGGGAGCGGACAAAAUUAAAAGACUGCGAGUACCCACUGAUUUCCAGAAUCCUGCAUGGGCCGUGUGAGAAGAUCGCCAGGAUGUUCCUGAUGGAAGCUGACUUGGGCGUGGAAGUCCCCCAUGACGUCGCUCAGUACAUUAAGUUUGAAAUGCCGGUGCUGGACAGUUUUGUUGAAAAAUUAAAAGAAGAGGAAGAAAGAGAAAUAAUCAAACUGACCAUGAAGUUCCAAGCCCUGCGUCUGACGAUGCUGCAGCGCCUGGAGCAGCUGGUGGAGGCCAAGUAACUGGCCAACACCUGCCUCUUCCAAAGUCCCCAGCAGUGGCAGGUGCACACUGAGCCCUGGUGGCUGGCCCCGGCUGGUCACAUUGACUGAUGGCCACUGCCUGAGGAAUGGAGCGCCUGUGCGUCUACCUGUCUGAAGCCUGAGCACCAUGAUUCCCACAGCCAGCUCUUGGCUCCAAGAUGAGCACCCACAGGAAGCCGACCGAGGCCUGUGGGGCUAGGAACUUGCUGGGUCAGAUCUGUGUGGCCAGCCCUGUCCACACCAUGCCUUUCCUGCACUGGAGAGCAGUGCUUGCCCAGCCCCUGCGGCUUUAGCUUCAUCCGCUUGCUCAGUGCCUGUCCCGGAGACCCUGUGGAUCCACAAGCCCCUGUCCUCUUCCUUCAUGUGAGAUUCUUGUCUGCCCUCAUAUCAUGCUGCCCCGCAGGAACACUGUUGGGAAAAGCAGGGCCUGCCAGCAGGUAUGAGAUCUAGCCUGCUUUCAGCCGUCACCUCACCACAGCGUCCCCGGCUUCUAAGCCUCCAAUGUCACCCUGUGAGUCUGGCACAGCUCAGCCCCAGCACAGAGGUAAGACCAGGAAUAAGGCCACAAGUAUCUCACUUUCUCUGCAGAAAUCAGUCUUUACUUCAUCAGAGAGACCUAAAGGGAUUCUUAGAAGGAACUUGCUGCAAGAAACACGGCCAUUCAGUCACAUUGACGAGGGUCCACAUGGCAUUGAGAGGUUGCUGCCCUGUGUGGAUGAGAGUCCACGGCUGCCCAGCAGCAGCUCCGGAAGGCAGUGUUCAGCCCCAUCACCACUGUCCAGUGGGUGCCUGUGUACCUCUUGCCUUUUCUGGGCUUGUGUUUCUCUCUUCUAGUGGGUGGGGAUGACUUUCAAUACUUCCCCGGAAGGAAGAAUGAUAAGGAGAAAUGUCUGUUUUGAGGAAAGGGCUUUGAAUUCCCUAGGGCCAGAUACUGAACAAUUUGUGUUUGUGACUGAUGGAGAAUUUCAGGAAUGAAUGAGACAGCCUUUGCGAAACUAUGCAACAGUUUACAUCAGUCAUGUGAAGUAUUUGUCUAAAACAGAGCAAACUGAAGACCAAAUUAGUCUCCUGUUGAGGUCCAUGGAUGGCAGAUUUAAAGGGAAGAACCACAAAGGCUUGCAAAGAUAGGAGAAGCUCCAUCUCUAAAGCAUGUAGAAGCUCCUUACAGGUGCCCAUCAAGAGCAGAGCUUGGAAGCCACCAUGCUGUGCGGAACUGUUUGUCAGGGCAAAUGUCACAGCAGGAUUUCCCCAACCCAGCUCCAUCAUCACAGACACAGCUGCAGGGGAGGCCUGUUCACUGUUUUGGCGACUCUGCUCCUUUGGCAGCAUAGGUCCUUAGGUGCUCAAUAAAGGCGUGCUGUAUUGAACUGAAGAAGUGAGAA